AUGGACGUCGCCAACCCGCGGAGGAUCCUGGCCGUCAGCCUCGACACCCAAGCCGACCAGUUGAGCAGGGUGAUCAAAGACCUCACCGGCUCCUCGCCAGGCGCGCCGCCCCCCUCCCUCGCCGGCACGACGCACAGCUUCGCCCUCAAGACGCGAUACUACUCGGCCACCGUCCCCAUAUGGCUGGACCUCGUCGCCUCGCCGGCUGAGUGGUCCGCGUCCUUCCUGUCCGCCGAAGCGGCCGAGGUGCUCGCCGUGCUGGGCGGCCUCGUCGUCGUCUUCGCCCUGCCGCCGCCGUCGUCGUCGUCCGAGAGCGCCCCCCGGGUCCGCGAGCUGAUCCGCCACGUGGGACGGGUGGUCAACGACGGCCUGGGCGGCUGGGAAUGGGACGGCGUCCGCCUGGCCGUGGGCGUGGGCGCGCACGACAGCGACGGCGGCGGCGGCGGCGACGCCGAGGACGGCUACUGGGACUGGGACGAGCUCUGCGCCGAGGCGGCGCUCGAGUUUGUCCGCAUCGGCGCCCGGCAGCAGCCCGAUGUGAACGAGCUUGGCGGCAUCCCGCGCGUCAGGGAGGCCCUCGAGUCAAACGACUACUGGGCGCAGGACGCUCCCUCUGACUUUGGCGACUUUGAAGACGCGCCCGACAAGGACGACGCCGACGGUCUGGAUUUCGGCCUCGACGGCGCCGACUUGGAGGGUCUGAGACGGGCCAUCUGGGACGCGGGGCCUAGGGACGAACCUUUGGCUCUGACUACCGAUCCUGGUGCCGCGGCCGGGGCCGGGGCCGACGAGGACGUGGACGUGGACGUGGACGAGGUGGAGAACAUGAUGAGGAGGCUGCAGGCGGUGAGGGACGCGGGAGAGGGGCUGCCCGACGCGCAGAGGAGGCGGAUGGCUGCGAGAGCCGUCGGGCAAGUUCUGAGGGACCUUGGAUAA